UGGAAGUCGACUCUUUGUCUAAGUUGCCGAAUCUAGGAUCCACGAUCAAACUCUUAGGACAUCAUGUUCAAGAAGCCUUUGGGGAAUCUAAAGACUUCAGCACCCCUGCGUAACUCUGACAGGCGCAAGCUGAAACAACACAUUAUCCAAGCCUUCUCCCUCGAUCCAGAUGUUGGCGAUGACCUUGUCCCAGACGGUCUUUUGUCAGUGAAAUUCAAAACACACACUAAUGAGCCAGGUGUGGCCUAUUUGGGACCUGGUGGAGACCCUUUGUGGUUCACGCUUGGGAUAGGCAGCGAGGACAUGAUUCCGACUGUAUACACCCUGUGGAAGAAGCCAGAUCUCCUCCCGUUUCUAUCUACACCAUCAGCGGUGAUUCCAGUUCUAGCUGGUGGUGCAGAUCUCAUGGUUCCUGGAGUCGUUCAGUAUCCACCAUCACUCCAAGCUGGACAACUUGUCAGCAUUACGGAACGUAUUCACCAUUCAACGCGCAUCGGCCCUCCGCUUGCUGUCGGGCACAUGGCAGUGGAUAGUGACGUCUUAUCUGAGGCUGCCGCAAAAGGGAAAGCGGUGUUUGUCCUGCACACUUGGAAUGACCAUUUAUUUGAUAUGGGACACAAGGGUAAUCCACCAGAUCCAUGGGAGAUGAGCAGUCCAGCGGCGAACGAUGAGCAGGCCGUAGAAGACAGAUAUGACACAAACAAUAAUGUAUCGAAAGAUCCAGUAGUUGAUCCGUUGAGCUCUCACCUGGAGCAGACACAGUUGAACGAUCCUGCUCCAACAAUAGAACUGACAAAAGAAGACGUUUCGAGUAUCCUCCAUGGCGCCCUUCUUCAGGCAAUGAAAACAACUCUAUCUAGUUCACAGACCUCUGCGCUUCCUAUGCCCGCUAGCACGUUUUACUCAACUUACAUUCUACCCUCGCGACCUGCCCAAUCACCAUCUCAGCCACUCGUAUCUACACCCAUUGAUAUCAAGCACUCCUCCCACAAGUCACUUGCGUAUUUUCUGAAAUCAGCAGAGAAACAAGGCCUCUUGAAGCUCAAAGAGAUCAAAUCUGAACUGAUGGUAUUUUCCAUAGCCACAUCACAUGCAACUGUUGUCGCACACAGACCAUAUUUAUCUCUAAAAGAUGUGGCUCUCAGGAACGAGAAGCGUGGACAACGAGAAGAGGAGGAGCGGACACGAGUCAAAGAGCUUGAAGUAACAGAGCUUUGGAAGCCACAUCUUCAAUCGCUUAAAUUCUUUGUCGAUGCUGGAUUUGAUACAUCUGCCCGUUACACCUAUACGGAGAUCAAGACCCUACUCGACAAGUACGUCACCGAUCGACAAUUGGUGAACGCGCACGACCAAUCAUAUAUCAACGUUGGGGCAGACGAGCUUCUGCAGACGACCAUAUGCAAGUCUGACGAUCUGGCGAAUAUGGAGUUCUUCAAACGCGAGCAGCUGAUCGAGCGCCUAUCAGACAAGAUGCAGAGUUGGUACAAGAUCUGCGCUGAGGGCAGGGAUCCUGUGCUCAAGAAGGGGCAGAUCAAACCGAUAUCGGUGGUGGUUAAAGUCAGACAAGGUCGUAAGGCGACGACGCUCAUUACAGGGUUUGAGCCAUUCUUUCUAGAGGCGGUUACUCUUGCAGAGGAGCUGAAGACGAGAUGUGCAUCUUCAACUUCAGUUUCACCAGCAUCAGGGAAGUCGUCAGGCAUGGAAGUGCUCGUGCAAGGAAAGCAGAUUAAAGAGGUCACAGAAUUUCUUGCCUCGCAGGGUGUACCAAAGCGAUGGGUACAUACAGAGGGCGGGGGAAAGAAACAGACGGGUGCCGGUGCUGGCUGAGUCCUUAGGUCAGCAGUAUCUGUUUGAAAACGAAGGCGUGUAUAUGUUACGAUCAAGGGUGAUAUCGAUGUUAAAUUAAAUAUUCACUCCUUCUGUCUCCAUGCCGCGUUCUUUGGCUUGGAUCUUCUUUUUGCCUGCUUUCUGAAUUGCCAUUACUUUCUCUUCCAUCUUAAUGAGGCCGGUUCCAUAUAGAGCUCGUUGCCAUUUACAAGGCAUACUGCGUGAAACAUUGUUUUGCAAAUGUUAAUCAAGUCGUCUCCACUG